CGUGACCAGUGGGAGUGUGUGGUUGGUUGCCUGUCACCAGGUCAAAUCUGGAACGAUUGAGAAGUUUGGGGGUUUUUGUAUCCAAUGUUUCAUUUAAAAAACAUCCGUGAAUUAACAUGUUUGUUUGUUACCGUUUGUAUACUGACGAGCCCCUCGUCGGCAGACGACCAGGACUUUAUGGAGGACUUCUUGAAGCGGGAAUAUUCUCUGGCGAAGCCUUACCGGGGGCUGGGUUUCUCUAGUUCUUCACAGUGGGAUCUGAUGGGUACUGCCAUGGUUACGCCUGAUCAUGUGAGGCUGACCCCAGACCUGCAGAGCAGACAGGGAGCGGUGUGGAGUCGAAUUCCUUUGUUCUUGCAAGAUUGGGAGCUCAAGGUGCACUUUAAAAUCCAUGGCCAGGGAAAGAAGAAUUUUAAUGGGGAUGGAAUGGCCAUCUGGUUGACAAAAGAUCGCAUGCAGAACGGUCCUGUGUUUGGCAACAUGAACCAGUUCACUGGACUUGGAAUAUUUGUGGACACUUACCCCAAUGCAGACAAAAACCAUGACAGUGCACAACCUGGAACUCAGAGGACUUUCCCGUACGUAUCAGCGAUGUUGGGGAACGGGACUCUGUUGUAUGACCACGAUUCUGACGGACGGCCAACUGAGCUCGGAGGAUGUACAGCUAUGGCGCGCAACGCAAUCUACGACACGUUUCUCCUCGCCAGAUACUCCAAAAACAGACUCACGCUCAUGGUGGACGUAGAUGGUAAACAGGAAUGGAAAGAGUGUGCUGACAUCACAGGACUGCGUCUACCUAGAGGCUACUUCUUCGGUGCCUCUGCUGUCACUGGAGACCUGUCGGAUAACCAUGACAUCAUCUCCAUGAAGUUGUACCAGCUGACAGUACAGAGGAGUGCUGAAGAGGAGGAAGAGGAGGAGGUCACCAUCCCCAGUGUUGACAAUGUGGAGCAGUUCAGAGUGGAAAUCCAGGAGGAAGAGAUGAGCGGAGUCCAGUUCUUUUUCACCCUCCUCUUCUCCAUCCUGGGCCUGGGCGUGCUGGCAGUGGUAGGGCUGGUAGUUUACGGGCGCUGGAAGGAAAACAGACGCAAACGUUUCUAUUGAUCAGAGAACAAUUGAUCUACACAGGUUUUCAGAAUGUGUGUUUCUUAAUCAACAUACAACACAACAAUGCAAAAGACUGCCAUAGCUUUACUGAACCAUACAAUCGAAUGAACACAAUGAACAACCUCAUGGGUCUGAAACCCAGAGCCUAAAGAACAGAAACAGCCGAGAUGAACAGGUGAGCAGAUCAUGAACAGGUGAGCCAGCUGUGAAUUUUGUUUUGUGUUGUUUUUUUAAGAUAGAGGAGAUAAAACUGCUUUGGUAUGAUUAUUUUGUGUGAAAAUACGCUCAUCUCAAACUAAUGCGCAGCACGGUGCGUCUGCAACAUCUGCACUAACUGACACACUGUAAAUUUAACAUGUUUGCCAAUAUGAGUUUCUGGUCUCAAUGGGAAGAGACAAACAAAAGCUUCAGAAUGGAUCACAGAUGCUGUGUGUAGUUUACUGACAUUGUGUUACAGGAUUAAUGUGUAGUUACCUCUUACUGCCGCUUGGUGCUGCCAACGUGCAGCUGUAAUCUGACUUGUAGCUGCUGUGAAGACCAAUCGACCUGUGGAUCACUGUAGACUUCUUGCUGCACUGAAUAAGUCAGAAUGUACUGAGCUGCCAUCAGCACUCACAUGGAUUAAUAUUAGCCGUUUGUAAAUGUAUGAUUGAUGAUACAUUGUUGCACGUUAAAAAAGGGUCUCGAGUUAGCAGUGCUGCACGCAAGUGCCUCGCUAGGACCAAUAAAGACAAGCUCUUUACUUUAUGUUCCAGUCCUUUCUGCAGCUGUGAACUCGCCUUUUAUUUUUCCUAACUGACAUCAUCAAGUUACUGAGCUGCAAGUCACUAACAGUUCUAAUUAGUGGAUGUAGAGGUGGAUCUAAAAUAGCAUUUUUACCACCGAAAAUGUUUGGUUAACAUAAACAUUUUCUGUGGCACUGAAUUUCAUCAGACCCCUGCUCAUAGAAACAUUAUUUCAUUUGUGAUCCUGCUGCUGUCGACUGUUGCUCUAGCAUGCACUGUGAAUCAAUGAAUUGAAUUGAAUAGCCAUACGCAGGAUCAUGUAGUCAGGUGUGAGUUUGAGUAAUUGAAGGCUUAAUAUGUGUAUAUGAUUACCGUUCGCUGUUUAGUUGUUUAACCUGGAAUAUAGCUGGUGCCUUGACCCUGGUGUCCAAUGGAGGCGGCGGUGUCACGUUGCGGCUGCUGGAGAAAAUCCACUGCCUUUGUAGUUGGUGUGCCAGUGUCCAUCAGACUGGUGACCAGUAUGUCUCCCAUAGAGCCCCUUUCUCCCCUGCCUUUGUGCUCCCAGUUUAUUUUUGCUGAAGUAAUUCAUGUCUCUGAUGCAUGAAAUUCACUUUUGAAUUGAUUUAAAUGUCUAUUGAAAUGAAUAUCUAAAGAGUAACUUUCCCCUACAUCUACUCCCCCUACAUCUACUCCCCCCCCACACACACACACACACACACACACACACACACAAACUCUGAGCUGCAAUGAUUAGUCAAUUAAUCAAUCAGUUGUCAACUAUUACAUUUAGCUCAUCUUUUUUGAUAAUCAAUUGUUUUGAGUUUUUUUUUUUUUUUUUAGACAAAAUGUCCACGUUGUUGGACAGAUUUCAACCUCUAAUGUGAAUAUUUUCUGAUUUCUUUAGUCCUUCUCUGACAGUAAACUGAAUAUCUUUGGGUUGUGGACUAAACAAGACAUUUGAGGACGUCACAUUAGGCUUUUAGAAACAGUGAUAAACCUUUUUCAUGUUUUUAUGGACCAAACAACUAAUUGAUUCAUUUUGUAAACGGGCCACAGAGUAACAAUUGAUAAUGAAAAUAAUGGCAGCCCUAAUUCGAGUAGCAGCUAACGUAGCUCGGAGCAGCUAGCAGAGGCAGAGGUGAGGAGUGGGUUACAGAGGUCUCCUAAGCUCAUUUUCAACCGUGUAGUCUUGAGUCCCAACCGACACUGACAUCACUUGAGUCAGCUGAUCAGACUUCACAUGGAGACACAGAAGACUUUAUACAACUUUUUUUCACAUUAUGCAGUUGUACUUCCCAACACCUGUAAACUGUAAAGUUUCCCUUUUACCUUGAUUUUCCACCCUAAAAAAAUCUGUACUUGUACCCUUGCAGAAUGACCUGCAAGUCCACUUUGCUGGUAUUCAUUAUUUGCACUUGUAUGUGAAAAGUGGUUUUGAUGUUCUUGGUUGAGUUAUACUGUGUGGUGAUGGUGAACUUUACCUAAAGGCAAACCACUUCUUAUUACUGGGAUGUUUUAAGGUAAAAGUUAGAUCAGCACGCCUCUGUCAGUGUGUGUUUUCUGUCUACAGGCCGAUUGUCUGUUGUUUUGUUUUUUUCUCAACAAACACCAGGGAGAAAACUGUACAAUGCCAUCUGAUGAAAAACUCUUGUCAAGUUUGCUCUGUGUGUUUAUCUGUUGAAAAACAUCAGGAGUAAACAGGAAAUGGAUGUUCACACAACACAACGAGCAGGUUAAAAACGAGCGCCACUGCUCAGUCCAUUAAAUAUUGAAUUAACUAAUGCUGUUAAUUGGGAAGUCAUUGCACAAAUACCUUUUUGUCAUGGUGAAAUAUUUGUAGGAGAUUUUUAUUAGCUGUAUGGCAUAAUCUUGUAUGUUUCAUUUGGGUUUUGGUAGCUGCUUGAAGCUAUAUCAAUCAGUAGUUGACUAAAACUGCUCUGUGGUCAUAUUUAGAGUUCUAACUUUACCAGAAUCCCCUGCUUCUUGAAGUUUGUAGACAAUAUCCUAGUGUCGUUGUCCAUUUAGAAGGUUUACUGUUGUUUCUGUUUAAUAAUUGUCUGUCUUGGUGCUUUUUUUCUCUCUUUAAUGAAUGUCGAGCUGUUUGUUGGAAUCAUUAACUUCACCAUGAGUCACCAUUGGAGCAAACAUCCCUGUAGUUAAUUAUUUAAAUAAAAAUGUUAAGCUAAUUCUGCUUUAAAUUAGCUAAUCAAAGCCCUUGUCUGAAAAUGUGUGAAGAGCAUCAUUAUGUUCUUGUCAUUCUGCUGUGUCUGAUUUUGUUUUUCCAGUAAAAGUUUCCAUGGAGGUUA